GAUCAUAUUAUAUAGCACAGUCACCUUUCGUGUAUAAACACCUUAUUAUUUUAGAAUGAUUAAUAUAUGAAUUAAAUAAACAUAAUAUCACUAAAAACAUGACAUUAUAUCAUUUCGGAAAUUGUUUAGCCUUGGUAUAUGUUCCAUAUUACCUUACUUACAAAUAUUCAGGCUUGUCAGAGUACGGUGCAUUUUGGAAAUGCAUUCAAGCUGGAGGUAUUUAUGUAUUCACUCAACUAGUGAAAAUGUUAGCACUUGCUACUUUCUUUCCUACAGCUGACAAUGUAGGAGAAGAAGGUUUUGAUAUAGUUGGUGAAUUUCUAAAAUCAUCUAUAGAUUUGGCAGACUUAGUAGGAAUAUUGUUGGUAUUAAAUAGCAUCCCUGGUAAAGGACAUGCAAAAGUUUUAACAGCCGGAGUUGGAUGGGCAGGAGCCGAAGUGUUGCUUACUAGGUUUCUGCUGUUAUGGGUUGGAGCAAGAGGUGCAGAAUUUGAUUGGAAAUACAUUCAAAAGAGUCUGGAGUCUAAUAUUAAUUUAGUACAACAUAUAACUAUGGCAACACUUGUAUGGUUGUGGUCGAGGCACGACUUAAAACGAGGUUUGGUUCCAAUUGUAGUUAGCAUGCUCAUACUUACUAUCUACAGACAGCUUGUGUUAGAUUUUCUUAUAGUAUUCUUUCUAACUGGCCCAUGGUCAACUCUUAUUGUUAAAGCUAUUACUACUUUUAUUAUGGGUAUUACAACAUUAUAUAUAUACGCAGAUCUUGCUCAUUCAAUUGGUAUUUUCUGAAAAAUAUGUACAUUUCAAAACACUAAUAUUUUGCCCAUAUUUUUUUUUUAUGUUACUGUAAUAUAUAUUAGAAAAAAUAAUGAAUCAUUAAAAAAAGUGACAACAUUUUAUUUUGAGUAUUUUAUUCAUCUUAACUAAAUCAUGGAACUUAAAAUAUGUAAUUAACAGAACAUUCGUGAUUCAAUAAUACGUAAUCGCUUUAAAACAUCAGGAACUAUCAAUAAAUAAAAACAUGGGUACUACGACUUCUAAGUCUUACAAUUUUUAAGAAUAACAAAAGAUUUUAAUUACACAUUAUUUUUAGAAAUAGAACUGUAUUAUUAUUUGUUAUUAUCACUAAUACUGUACAUAUUCGUAACAAUAGCUUUUAUACAUAUUCAAUGCACACUUACUCUUAUGAUUAUAUUAAUCACAAACUA